AAAUCAGUCUCUGUGGGGUCUGUUUCUCCAUGUCGUCAGGAUCGGCCGAGUGUGUGAGUAUAUCAUCCUGCGUAGUAAAUCGUAGGCCCACAACAUGUGCUUUCCUCGCCAUGGCCGCUGGAACACGGUGCGGUAACCAGUCAUCAUAUCAUUCACCUGCGUUUCUCUGUUACCACGAGACCACUGCUUGAAUGACGACAUCCGAAUUGACGUACAAAGAAUAAUCUGGUCUGGAAGCGCGCUCACUAUCAUGGCUCUCCGACAUUUACUCCGAAACACUUCGUCUCGUCAAGGAUUAUCAGAUCUCCGAAAUGUGCCCGAACCGUGGUCCGUACUCGUCCGGAGAGAUGUGAGUAGCUCGGGGCAAUCUCGAGAUCGUAACGGUGGAAACAGAUCGGACAAGACCAAGGAAUUGGAUAGCUUGGGCACUUGGAACACGCGAUUAGACUUGCCGUUCAUGGAGGAGUCGAGUGUGCGAAGGGGCACCAUCAUUCCCGGGAUUGACAUCCAAUCCGUGGGGGUGGCUUCGUCCAAGGGUCGAAGAAUUUACCAGGAAGACCGACAUACGGUGGUCGAGCCGCAUCCUAAUCAUUUACUUUUAGCCGUUUGGGACGGUCAUGGGGGUGAUGAGUGUAGCGAGUUUUGCUCCAAUCAAGUGGUGGGACAUGUUAUGCGGUAUCUUGAGACGGCGCAAGAAAGUCAGCGGACGGACCUGUCCUUGGUGUUGCGGAACGUGGUCAGGGAUCUUCAGACGUCUUUUGAGAAGCAUUGGAGCAUGAGAAAUUCGGCCAAAUCCCGCUCACCUGGGACCACGGCCACUAUUGCGCUGAUUCGGGAUGGUUAUGAACUAGUGGUGGCGCAAGUGGGCGACUCAAGAGCCAUUUUGAAUCGGGACGGCGAGGUUCGAACCUUGACCAAAGAUCACUGUCCCUCCGACCCUCAGGAGAAAGCCAGGAUUGAAUUAGCGGGUGGGACUGUGUCGUACGAUACGAUUGGUCGGUAUAUGGUCAACCAUCGAUUGGCCAUGUCCAGGUCUAUUGGGGAUUUGGAUCUCAAACCGUUCGGGGUCACGGCCGAGCCGGAUAUCAUUCGGAUGAACUUCAAGCAUCGGAAAGACAUCUAUCUGGUGCUAACGACCGAUGGUGUCAAUUUUGUCAUGUCAGAUGAAGAGGUAGUGGACUGUGUGAAUCAAGGUGAUAAUCCACAGGAAUCGGCCAAAAAGCUGGUAGAUCAAGCCCUCCUCUAUGCCAGUGAGGACAAUAUCACUGCGAUCGUGGUCCCUUUGGGAUCUUGGGGCAAGAAUAUCGCCGGAAAGACCUCGGUCUUCUACUCGCUUGGACGCUCCAUGUCAUUAUCCUCCAGAUUUAGCUAAAAUGCUGCCUCCAACCACACGCCCUUCCACACGCCCUUCCACCUCUCCCACUUUGUCCUGAUGGUGCUCAAAAGAAGAAUUUUUAUUGCAAUCUAAGUUGCCCUCAUUACAGUGCAUUCCUUUCAUGUUUCGCUCCUAUUUCGUUUUAAAGUGCUCUAUAUUCGUGAAACAUAUUAAUGCUGCAGUAUUUUUGUGAAUUCAAAGCUCCAACACAGA